AUGUCCGCCCCCCAGGUUGUACGAAUUCCUCGGUCGGACGAGCCGCAUUCUUACGUACUGGUCCACGUCUCUCGGGCUGGCCAGGCACCUCUGGAUCUAUCGCUCACCGCAACGGAGGGCGAGAACCCAUAUGCCGCGUCUAUCCAACAAUCUCGUCUGCAGACCCUACGCGGCAAAAACUACCAAGGAUCCGGUGACGAAUGGGCCUACAUCAUUGCUCACGUCCUGAGACAGCCAGUGCCUGCCGAGAACUCAUCCUGGUCUACCGGAAUUGAAGCUUCAGCUAGUAUCUCAGGUGCAGGGGGCGAUGAUCAAGAAAUAAUCAUCACCAUUCGGAAAAGAGUCCAAGAUAUCACACAAAGGCUUGGGUCUCUAGUCCUCAAACAGGAUGAAGACCAAGAGAUUGCACUCUUCGAGUGGACUGGUAUCGCAGCUGCCAAAGCCGAUCACUUGCACGGCCAAGUGACGAGCCUCACGGACCGCUAUCGGGAGGCCGAGGACACCAUCGCCAAACUGACGCAACAACUAGCAGACCUCAUGCAGGCCAAGACCCAGCACGAGAACCAACUGGUGGCCAACUUUGCCCAGCUUCUGAAUGAGAAGAAGCUCAAGAUCCGGAAUCAGCAGCGAUUGCUGGCAUCUGCAACCGCUGAUCCCACCAAAGUCGCCGAGAUCCAAGCAGCCAGCGGGAGACCUAGCGAGGUAUCCGGAACGCAUCUCUCAACAAAGCGACGUGCAGCAGACACCGCGGACGAGGACGAAUCAGAUGAAGGUUUCGAGCAGAUGGACGUGGAUCGUAAAGGAGCGGAUGCCAGAGCACAAUAUGAUCAAGAGACAGAGGACGAAGAAAGAGCCACGCCCCAGCCACUUGAGGACGAAGAAGAUAAUACGACAACAGACGAUGAGGAAGAUGCCCCAGCUACUUCGGAGCGAGAGGCACCGCCGAAGGCGGCAGCACCCCCGCGUCGAGAAUUGCCAUUUACGCGACGAGGGCGCCCAGCACAGACGACAUCGGAGCCUCGGUCAGAGUCCCUUGUGGCGGAGGAAGAGACGGCGGGAGAAACGGACGAUGAUGAACUUUGA